AUGCGGUCCUUCGUCGCUACAUCGAUGCCCCUCCUCCGCGACUUCAUCCCCCGAGCCAACCACCCGCAAGUUGCGCCGCACCCUCUGCAGCAGCAGCAAACACGACCGGCCUCGUCAAAGGCACACCCCCCUUCGGCUACAGCGUCGGCUACACCGGAUGCCCAGGUCCCAACGGAAGACGAGCCGAAAACAGUUUUGAAUAGUCAGAGUGAACCAGAAGUCGCCAAGGAACAAUACCGAAACACGACCAAGGAGUUCUUCGACAAGCUGGAAGAGGCGGAGCGGUAUGAUCAAAGAUUGGCAAAGGCGGUCCGAAAAGAGGGCGAGAAGAAGCCAUGGACUGAUCUAUUCAAACCGACGGACCAGAUUCACGUUAUGGGACUCAACAUCCAGGGACGAUACGUUGCACACACGCUAGCCGGCGCCGAGACGAUACCGCCGCCGAUUUUCAUGAUCAACCGAUGGAAUCUGCUCAUGAGAUGGAAUGAAGCGGGAAGGUGCUUGAAGCUUCACAGGGAAAAGCAAGUCAUUGUCCGCGACAGGAUCAGGGCACAGUUCACGCCGCCAAUCUGUGGCCCUCAUCCGAGGAAGGAGAAGGACACCCACAUCAGCAACCUCGUAGUGACUGUUCCAGCCGGGCACACGGUCGAAGCCCUCGGCCAAAUCAGCCACCGGCUUGACCACAACUCGACCAUUGUUUUGAUCCAAGAGGGACUGGGUGUCGCCGAGUCUAUCUGCAAAGCCUACUUCCCUAUCGAAAGCCAGCGGCCCGUGUUUAUCCUUGGCCACUUGACGACCCGUUUGGGCCUGGGCGACCAGACAUUUGAGUUCGGUGAGGUGCGACCUGGAAGGCUCUUCCUGACUGUCUACACCCCCCACUCAGACAAUAUCGGCCCACUCGCACCCAUUGUGAUCAAGAAGCACCCGCCCACUUUGUGGCAACGAAGGGGAGCGCAUCUACUCAAGCUUCUCACAUCGAUUCCGGAACUCAAUGCUACCGGUCACCGAACGGACGAGUUCUUGCAGAUGAAGCUACCAGCGGUGGCGUUCCGAGCGGUGGCUGAUCCCCUGGCGACGAUUCUGGAUUCCACCUACGACAAGAUCCCCGAAAACCCGAACGCGCGUGAGCUCAUGGACAGGAUGCUUUCCGAGGUUGCCGAUGUGGUUUCCCACUUGCCCGAGCUGAAGGGCCUGGAGCAGUUCCGGGUCGCCAAUGCCCUACCGUUCAUGCGGUCGGAAGUGUUCCACAGGUUGAAGAGAAAGGGAACCGCCGACGUUCCCAUGCGCAGGUUGACUUCCAUGGGUCUGGACACGGAUAUCGGCUACGUUACGGGCUACUUUGUCAUUCGCGGCAAGAUGUUGGGGGUACCGGUGAAGGCCCUAGAGAGUCUCUGGUCUGCCGUCAAGGCCAAGCAGCAGGUUCUAGCAGAGAGGAGGAAGAGGUAUGUACCCUUUGAGGUUCCGUUCCAGCCAACACUUGUUCCUCAUACUCCGGAGCCAUGGACCAAUUACCCCGACAGGGUCUGGCCUGAACCCCUGAAGAACCUUCUCAACAAGAUCAGGUGA